AUGUCGGCACCACAAGACGAUAUCAAGGCUUUACUUACUCUUCGUGAUUCCCUCAAUGCAUCAAUAGAUGCUUUCGUGGGCCUAACCCCAGAGCAAAAGGCACAGAAGCCUGUCGUUGACAAGAGCCGUCAACAGAUAUGGUCUACAGCCCAAAAGAUUGUUGGACAGACCGUCAACCCACCCCAGCGAGCGACACAGAUCGCGUUCACGCCAUGGAUGAAUGCCGUAGUGCGGACCGCCUUGGAGCUGGAUUUGUUCAAUUUCUUGGAAGACUCAACUACAGCAGCGCAGCUCGCACAGAAGACGGGGGCAGAGGAGACACUGAUAGUCCGCCUCAUGCGUGUUCUUACCGGCUAUGGUAUAGUUGCUGAGCUUGGAGAACACACUUAUGGGCGGACACCGCUCUCACAGGCAUUGACGGUUCCGGCGUUGCGAGAUCUGAACAAACAUAUUUUCGACAGCAGCUGGAGCUGUAUUGGAAAGCUCCCCGCCUAUCUGGCCGACAUUGGCUAUAAGAAUCCUGAAGACCCCGACAACACAUUGUCCCACUUCGCGACUGGCACUGACUACUUCGGCUAUAUUCGUCAGGACCCAGUACGUCUCGUCCGUUUCAACUCGGCUAUGAAAGGUACCGGUGGGCUUCUCGCCAGCCCGAUUCCGAAGUCCUUGUUCGAGUCACUAGGAACAGAUGAAAAGCAAGUGGUGAUGGUUGACGUUGGUGGUGGCAUUGGCCAGGUGACCGAGAAGACCCUGGAAGAAAACGCCGGACUUAAAGGUCGAUUUGUCGUUCAAGAUUUGGGAGCCAUUGUCGAGGAGGCUCGAGAAAAGAAUCCCCAAUUUGAGGUCAUGGAAUAUGAUUUCUUCACUCCACAGCCAGUGAAAGGGGCAAACAUUUACUUCAUGCGACGGGUCUUACACGACUUUCCCGACUCGAAAUGCCGAGAAAUUCUUCGCAACCAGAUUCAUGGCAUGGUGAAAAGGCAGUCCAAAUUGUUGGUCUGCGAGACUGUGUUGCCAGCUACGGGUUGCAGUGAAUUCGAGUCAUUGGCAGACAUUAGCCGGGCAACCUUUAGCUCGAUGCAACGAAGUGAGAAGCAUUGGAGGGCACUGCUGACUAGUGUCGGUCUGAAGGUUGUCAAGGUCUGGCCACCGAAGGCUGGUCCUUUUCCUGUGAUCGAGUCAGAGCUCGAAUGA